ACCAGUCCCUGACAGCUUUUAGUACCAAGUGUGCUCUGCAAGAAAACGACUGCAUGACAAAAGACUGUACCGAUAACCGGAGCAGAUGAACCGAGGUGAUGACGUCAUCAAAUACGAUGGCGUUCUGACUGCACGUUAACCGGGAUGAGUUGUCCAUCUCUACCGAGUUCGGUCUUACAGCAGCGUUAGAGGCGGAGCGGAGCCACACUGAUGAAAGUGAAAGUAAAGUUAGUCAGAGCGACGGCAGAGCUGCAGUCCGCAACAAUCUGUGUUUGUGUCUGAACUCACUUCAACUGUUCUUCCUCAACAACCGACUCAGAUUGUGCAGGUUGUUGUUGUUUGUCUGCUAUGCAUCAGUGUGAGGACAGAAAGGAGGGAGUCCCUCCCUCUGAAAGAUCUCUGUGUGGAGAACAUGAGAACCAGAGCAAAGCUCAGAGCCCAGAGCAGCAGAACACACACUCUACUGGACCUGGACCUGGACCUGGAUCCAGCUGUGUGUCCAUGAAGAGCUACCGGUCAAAGGAGUCUCCUCCCUGUUUCAGACGAUCUGCAGAUGGAAGGAUCCAGCAGCAGAGACCAGACUGUCCUGAACCCAGCUGUCUCUCUUUCAAAAGCGACCAGUCGAAGGAGAAUUUCUAUGAAUUUAAAGAUGUCUGUCCAUCUGCUGAUCAGAUAGUGGAGCAGCAGAACUCAGAGGUUCCCAGAGCUCAGUCUGUCCAGCAGCAUCACCUGGACUCCAUAUUCAUGCUGCUGGAGGAUAACAUGGUGACUUUUGUGAAGAAGGAGCUGAAGAAGAUGCAGAAGUUUCUGAGUCCAGAUUACCCAGAAUGCUCAGAGAGUCAGAGGGAGGAUGAGGAUGAGGAGGAGAUGGAGGGUGAUGAUGAAGAUGAGAGGAGCAGCAGAGAGAUGUUUGAGCAGAUCACAGUGUUGUUCCUGAGGAGGAUGAAGCAGGAGAAGCUGGCUGACUGUCUGCAGAGCAAACUUGCUGCUGCAGUUUGUGGACGUAAACUUAAACGUGGCCUGAAGAAGAAGUUCCAGAGAGUGUUUGAGGGCAUCGCUAAAGCAGGACAGAAGACCCUCCUGAAUGAGAUCUACACAGAGCUGUACAUCACAGAGGGAGGGACUGCAGAGGUCAAUGAUGAACAUGAGGUCAGACAGAUUGAAGCAGCAUCCAGGAAAGCAAACAGAGCAGAAACAAGCAUCAGAGCAGAAGACAUGUUUAAAGGCUCACCUGGAAGAGAUGGACCAAUCAGAACAGUGAUGACACAGGGAGUGGCUGGCAUCGGGAAAACAGUGUUAACACAGAAGGUGACUCUGGACUGGGCUGAAGACAAAAGCAACCAGGACAUCCACUUCAUGUUUCCAUUGACUUUCAGAGAGCUGAAUGUGCUGAAAGAGAGAAAGUUCAGCUUGGUGGAACUUGUUCAUCACUUCCUCAGUGAAACCAAAGCAGCAGGAAUCUGCAUCUUUGAAGACUUCCAGGUUGUGUUGAUCUUUGACGGUCUGGAUGAGUGUCGCCUUCCUCUGGACUUCCACAACAAUGAGGUCCUGACUGAUGUUACAGAGUCCACCUCAGUGGAUGUGCUGCUGACAAACCUGAUCAGGGGGAAUCUGCUUCCCUCUGCUCGCCUCUGGAUAACCACAAGACCUGCAGCAGCCAAUCAGAUCCCUCCUGACUGUGUGGACAUGGUGACGGAGGUCAGAGGGUUCACCGACCCACAGAAGGAGGAGUACUUCAGGAAGAGAUCCAGAGAUGAGGAGCAGGCCAGCAGCAUCAUCUCCCACAUGAAGACAUCACGAAGCCUCCACAUCAUGUGCCACAUCCCAGUGUUCUGCUGGAUCACUGCUACAGUUCUGGAGGAGCUGCUGAGAAGCAGAGAGGGAGGAGAUCUGCCCAGAACCCUGACUGAGAUGUUCAUCCACCACCUGGUGGUUCAGACCAAAGUCAAGAAGGUCAAAUAUGAUGGAGGAGCUGAGACAGAUCCACACUGGAGUCCAGACAGCAGGAAGAUGAUUGAGUCUCUGGGGAAACUGGCUUUUGAGCAGCUGCAGAAAGGAAACCUGAUCUUCUAUGAGUCCGACCUGACAGAAUGUGGCAUCGAUCUGGAAGCAGCCUCAAAGUACUCAGGAGUGUUCACACAGAUCUUUAAAGAGGAGAGAGGACUGUACCAGGACAAGGUGUUCUGCUUCAUCCAUCUGAGCGUUCAGGAGUUUCUGGCUGCAGUCUACAUGUUCCACUGUUACACCGACAGGAAGGAGAAGGUUCUGGAGGACUUCCUGGGAGAAGACUGGAAAGACAAGAACAGAGACACUCUGGAUGUGUUCCUGAUCAGAGUCAUGGAGAAAUCCCUCAGAAGUAAAAAUGGUCAGCUGGAUCUGUUUGUUCGCUUCCUUCAUGGCCUCUGUCUGGAGUCCAACCAGAGACUCUUAGGAGGUCUGCUGGGUCAGACAGAAAACCAUCCAGAAAUGAACCAGAGAAUCAUCAACAACCUGAAGGAGAUGAAAAGUCAUGAAAUGUCUCCGGACAGAAGCAUUAACAUCUUCCACUGUCUGAUGGAGAUGAAGGAUCUCUCAGUACAUCAGGAGAUCCAAGAGUUCCUUCAGUCAGAGAACAGAUCAGAGAAGGAACUCUCUGAGAUCCACUGCUCAGCUCUGGCCUACAUGCUGCAGAUGUCAGAGGAGGUUCUGGAUGAAUUGGACCUGGACAAGUACAGAACAUCACAGGACGGACAACUGAGACUGAUUCCAGCUGUGAGGAACUGCAGAAAGUUUCGACUUUCUAACUGUUGGCUCUCAGAGAGUCACUGUGAAGUCGUGGCCUCAGCUCUGAAGUCCAACUCCUCCCAUCUGAUAGAACUGGACUUGAGUAACAAUGACCUGCCGGAUUCAGGAGUGAAGCAUCUUUGUGAUGGACUGCAGAGUCCAAACUGCAAACUGGAGACUCUCAGAUUGGAGCGCUGUAGUUUGUCAGAGAUCAGCUGUGAUUCUCUGGUCUCAGCUCUGAAGUCCAAUCCCUCCCAUCUGGAACAUCUGGAGCUGAACUACAAUUACCUGAAGGAUUCAUCAGUGAAACAUCUGAGUGGUUUUGUGGAGAGUCCAGACUGCAUCCUGAAGACUCUGAGAUUGGAGCGCUGCAGUUUGUCAGAGAUCAGCUGUGAUUCUCUGAUCUCAGCUCUGAAGUCCAACCCCUCCCAUCUGGAACAUCUGGACUUGAGCAGAAACAACCUGCAAGAUGCAUCAGUUGAACAUCUGUGUGGUUUUCUGGAGAGUCCAGACUGCAUCCUGAAGACUCUGAGAUUGGAGCGCUGCAGUUUGUCAGAGAUCAGCUGUGAUUCUCUGGUCUCAGCUCUGAAGUCCAACCCCUCCCAUCAGGAACAUCUGGACCUGAGAUGGAACAACCUGAAGGAUUCAUCAGUGAAACAUCUGUUAGAUCUUGUGGAGAGUCCAGACUGCAGCCUGAAGACUCUGAGAUGGAAGUGACGCUGAUCAGGACAGUUUGUGCUAAGAGGAUGAAGUGUGUCCUGAGGAUCCAGAUGUUGAAGCAGCAGCAGCUGGUGUGUAGAGACUCUGACUGGACCAUGUUACUGGGAGGUGGACUGGGAACCAGUGUAAAGUGUGUUGUUAUUAGUGUAUAGUAUAGCGUUGCAGCUCCACACUGUGAAUGAUGGAGAACUGCAGUUAAGUGUCCUGGAAACAUGCCGGCUGAAGCCUUGGUGCCCAGAGAGAGUUUAAUGAAACACAUUAGAGUCGUUUUGAUAAUAUCAUGUCGAGGCGACAAACUGAAGAUAAAUCCAGUGUAGUCCUCAAAGGUCCAGAAACAUCUUGUUGAGCUCAGAGUUCAUAUUUAAUCUGAGCAUCUUUUGACCAUUCUGAGCUGCUCACUUCGUUUUCUAUCAUUAAUUUUACAUCAGAUCAUGUUUAUUUUUUAAUGUAACUUCUGGAAUUAGAUGAGAAAUCUGUCAUUUCAUGAAAAAUCCUUAAAACCUCAGAACCAACACUAUUUUGUUAAUUGUCACUCAUUGUAUGUAAUUUUAGAAAUAUAUUAAAAAUAUAUUUUACUGUCUCUAUUAAAAAAGGAGACAUUUGUGAAAUGUGGACAAAUUUGGUGCAAAAUGUGUUUCAGCAGUUCAAUAUUCUUCAGAAGUGGAAACUCUAAAAUUAUUGAAAGGUCCAGGUUUGUAAUGUUCUUUUACAUAAGAUGUUUAAUUCCAGUCAGCUUUCCCCUCCCUAUCCCCUUCGGGCUGGCUCAUCGGCUUCUGUCUCUCUCCCUCUGUGUGGCUGGUGAUCAGUGCAGAGGGGGAGCACCCACCUGAGAGGCAUCAUCAUCACCAGCUCGUUAAAAGCAGCCCCACGGACCCUUGGGUGUGGGAUCGUACUGUUGGCACGGAGCACAAAGUCUGGGAGCUGGAGUACCAGAGCUGUUUAGAGUCGGCCUGCGGGACUGAAGGACAGAGCUGCCGGUCCUCUCCUGUGGAACCUCCAGAUAGAGCUGUUGGACCCAGGCCUCUGGACAGAAGGCGUGCCCCUCCACCCACGGACUGCACCGACCAGCCCUGCCCCAGUUGGCGAAUUCCGGAUCGGACUCUCGCUGUCAGUGUCGACGUGUGCCUGUCACACUGCCGAGCCUCUGAGCCAGCUGCCCUCUCCUCCCACCUCUUCCCACUCAUGAGUUUUUGUCCUUUGAGGCAGACCUUUGGUUAUUUUAUUGAAAUAAAGGAGUUUUUUUUUUUUUGAUCGUCUACCUGUGCUCCUGUCUGCGAGUUCUCACCUUGGGUUCCAAAAAUUACACCAAACCGUGACACAAGAACUGACUGUCAAAUAAAAACGAUCAACCUGAUAAUGACAAUAUUUAUAGUGACUAAACAUAUAAGACUGUAGAUAUGUAGAAUGUUAUUCUGUCAUUUAGUGAAAGAAGGGCUGCAUUUACAAAUAUGAGAAAAAUCAAUAAAACGGCUUUUUUGAUCAUCUGCAUUUUAAAAUUCAUAUCUUGAGGAAAAAUAAAGUUUAGCUGCAGUUUUUCCCCCUUUUUCUUUAACUGUCCCGCAUCUUGACAGAACAGGGAUUUCAGCUGCACUUCAUUUUUUGGACAGAAGAUGGAGACGGACUGUUUGUUUCUAUCCCAGCUUUUCAUUCAGGCCUGAUGGAUAGCAGGUUUUGAGUUUAUUAAUCCAUCUCCUCUUUGUUCAUUGCCUCUGUUGUUUUGAUGAUUUUCAAGUCUGACAAUUGUAAUAUUGUUCAUGGUGUGUUCUCGUAAAUGCAUGUAGAAAUCUGGCCUGGUCCAGGUUACGUAUAUGAUAUAAAUGCUGUUUAAAUCUGUCAAUCAGGGGGUUCUUUCCCCCACAUAGAUUUUCUGCCAUAUUAUGCAUCUCUUCCAUCGACCACGUUUGCUGUUCCUGAUUGUACAUCAUGAAAUACUGGAGCCCUGAGGUAUUAUUUUGGAUGAAUGUAGCUUGUCAUUUUUUUUUUAUUAAGAUCCUGUGAUUUUGUUCUGUCCUGAGUCAAACUUUAAUGAACCAAAAUAUCCUUCA